GGCGGUGCCGAGGAGAGAGGGAGACAGAGAGAGAGAAAGAAGAAGAAGCCGCUGCUGGCGCCUGCGAAUUUGGGAUUCAAUCGGGAGGGACCGCUUACUCGGGGGAAAUGGAUUCUGUACCGAGGCUGACCAGCGUUUUUACUUUGCUGUUCUCCGGCUUGUGGCAUUUAGGAUUAACAGCGACAAAUUACAACUGUGAUGACCCGUUAGCAUCCCUGCUCUCUCCAAUGGCUUUUUCCAGUUCCUCAGACCUCACAGGUACUCAUAGCCCAGCUCAACUCAACCGAAGAGUUGGAACUGGUGGUUGGUCUCCAGCAGAUUCCAAUGCUCAACAGUGGCUCCAGAUGGACCUGGGAAACAGGGUAGAGAUUACAGCAGUAGCCACGCAGGGAAGAUACGGAAGCUCUGACUGGGUGACGAGUUACAGCCUGAUGUUCAGUGACACAGGACGCAACUGGAAACAGUAUAAGCAAGAAGACAGCAUCUGGACCUUUGCAGGAAACAUGAAUGCUGACAGCGUGAUGCACCACAAGUUACUGCACUCAGUGAGAGCUCGCUUCGUUCGCUUUGUGCCCCUAGAAUGGAAUCCAAGUGGAAAGAUUGGCAUGAGGGUGGAGGUCUAUGGAUGCUCCUAUAAAUCAGAUGUUGCUGACUUUGAUGGCCGAAGCUCCCUUCUGUAUAGGUUCAAUCAGAAGCUGAUGAGCACUCUCAAAGAUGUGAUCUCUCUGAAGUUCAAGAGCAUGCAAGGAGAUGGGGUUCUGUUCCAUGGAGAAGGUCAACGUGGAGACCACAUCACCCUGGAGCUCCAGAAGGGGAGGCUUGCCCUGCACCUCAACUUGGAUGACAGCAAACCUCGGCUCAGCAGCAGCCCACCCUCGGCCACCCUGGGCAGUCUGCUGGAUGACCAGCAUUGGCACUCGGUCCUCAUUGAGCGGGUCGGCAAGCAGGUGAACUUCUCUGUGGACAAGCACACACAGCACUUCCGCACCAAGGGCGAGGCGGAUGCCUUAGACAUCGACUAUGAGCUUAGUUUUGGAGGAAUUCCAGUACCAGGCAAACCUGGGACCUUUUUAAAGAAAAACUUCCAUGGAUGUAUUGAAAACCUUUAUUACAAUGGAGUAAACAUAAUUGACCUGGCUAAAAGACGAAAGCAUCAGAUCUACACUGGCAAUGUCACUUUUUCCUGCUCCGAACCACAAAUUGUUCCCAUCACAUUUGUCAACUCCAGCAGCAGUUAUUUGCUGCUGCCCGGCACCCCCCAAAUUGAUGGGCUUUCAGUGAGUUUCCAGUUUCGAACAUGGAACAAGGAUGGUCUGCUUCUGUCCACAGAGCUGUCUGAGGGCUCGGGAACCCUGUUGCUGAGCCUGGAGGGUGGAACCGUGAGACUUGUGAUUCAGAAAAUGACCGAACGCACAGCUGAAAUCCUCACAGGCAGCAGUUUGAAUGAUGGCUUGUGGCAUUCAGUUAGCAUCAAUGCCAGAAGGGACCGCAUCACUCUCUCUCUGGAUAAUGAUGCAGCAUCCCCGGCCCAGGACACCACCCGCGUGCAGAUUUAUUCUGGAAAUAGUUACUACUUUGGAGGGUGCCCUGACAAUCUCACCGAUUCCCAAUGUUUAAAUCCCAUUAAGGCUUUCCAAGGCUGCAUGAGGCUCAUCUUUAUUGAUAACCAGCCCAAGGACCUCAUUUCAGUUCAGCAAGGUUCCCUGGGGAAUUUUAGUGAUUUACACAUUGAUCUGUGUAGCAUCAAAGACAGGUGUUUGCCAAACUACUGUGAACAUGGAGGAAGCUGUUCCCAGUCCUGGACUACCUUCUACUGUAACUGCAGUAACACGGGCUACACUGGUGCCACCUGCCAUAACCCCCUCUACGAGCAAUCCUGCGAGGUGUACAGGCACCAAGGGAACACAGCUGGUUUCUUCUACAUUGACUCUGAUGGCAGUGGGCCACUGGGACCCCUCCAAGUAUAUUGCAACAUCAUAGAGGACAAGAUUUGGACAUCAGUUCAGCACAAUAACACAGAGCUGACCCGUGUGCAGGGUGCGGACCCCAAAAAGCCCUAUACCAUGGCCUUGGAUUAUGGUGGCAGCAUGGAGCAACUGGAAGCCAUGAUUGAUGGCUCAGAGCACUGUGAGCAGGAGGUAGCCUACCAUUGCAGAAGGUCCCGCCUGCUCAACACGCCAGAUGGAACACCAUAUACCUGGUGGAUUGGGCGGUCCAAUGAAAGGCACCCUUACUGGGGAGGUGCCCCACCUGGGGUUCAGCAGUGUGAAUGUGGCCUGGAUGAGAGUUGUCUGGACAUUCAACACUUCUGCAAUUGUGAUGCUGACAAGGAUGAAUGGACAAAUGAUACUGGCUUUCUUUCCUUCAAAGACCACUUGCCUGUCACUCAGAUAGUUAUCACUGAUACCAACAGAUCAAACUCAGAAGCUGCUUGGAGAAUUGGUCCCUUGCGUUGCUAUGGAGACCGGUACUUCUGGAAUGCGGUGUCAUUUUAUACAGAAGCCUCUUACCUCCACUUUCCUACUUUCCAUGCGGAGUUCAGUGCUGAUAUUUCCUUCUUUUUUAAAACCACGGCUCUAUCGGGAGUUUUCCUAGAAAACCUUGGCAUGAAAGACUUCAUCCGACUUGAAAUUAGCUCUCCAUCUGAGAUCACUUUUGCCAUUGAUGUUGGGAAUGGCCCCGUAGAGCUCAUAGUUCACUCUCCUUCUCUUCUGAAUGACAACCAAUGGCAUUACGUCCGGGCUGAGAGGAACCUCAAGGAGACUUCACUCCAGGUGGACAGCCUCCCAAGGAUGACCAGGGAGACUUCGGAGGAAGGCCAUUUCCGAUUGCAGCUGAACAGCCAGUUGUUUGUAGGGGGAACAUCAUCAAGACAAAAAGGCUUUCUAGGAUGCAUACGCUCCUUACACUUGAAUGGGCAGAAAUUGGACCUGGAAGAGAGGGCAAAGGUCACAUCUGGAGUCCGGCCUGGAUGCCCAGGUCAUUGCAGCACUUAUGGUAGCAUCUGCCACAAUGGGGGCAAGUGUGUGGAGAAGUACAGUGGGUACUUCUGUGAUUGCACCAAUUCACCAUAUGAAGGACCCUUUUGCAAAAAAGAGGUUUCUGCUGUUUUUGAGGCUGGCACUUCAGUUACUUAUAUGUUUCAAGAACCCUACCCAGUGACCAAAAAUAUAAGCCUCUCAUCCUCAGCAAUUUACGCAGAUGCAGCUCCAUCCAAGGAAAAUAUUGCAUUUAGCUUUGUGACAGCCCAGGCGCCCAGCCUCUUGCUCUACAUCAAUUCUUCUUCUCAGGAUUACCUGGCUGUCCUGCUCUGCAAGAAUGGAAGCUUACAGGUUCGCUAUCAGCUAAGCAAGGAAGAAACCCAGGUUUUCAAUAUUGAUGCAGAGAACUUUGCCAACAGAAGGAUGCACCAUUUGAACAUUAACCGCGAGGGAAGAGAGCUUACCAUUCAGGUAGAUCAGCAACUGCGACUCAGUUACAACUUCUCCCCAGAAGUCGAAUUCAGGGCCAUACGGUCACUCACCUUGGGCAAAGUCAAAGAGCAUCUUGGAUUGGAUUCUGAAGUUGCCAAAGCCAACACUCUGGGUUUUGUUGGAUGUCUGUCUUCAGUCCAGUAUAACCAGGUUGCACCCCUGAAGGCGGCCCUACGUCAUGCCACCAUUGCACCUGUGACUGUCCAUGGGACCCUGACAGAAUCAAGCUGUAGUUCCAUAAUGGAUGUGGAUGUGAAUGCAGUGACCACGGUGCACUCUUCAUCAGAUCCCUUUGGGAAGACGGAUGAGCGAGAACCACUCACUAAUGCCGUUCGAAGUGACUCGGCCGUCAUUGGAGGAGUAAUAGCGGUGGUGAUAUUCAUCAUCUUCUCUAUCAUCGGCAUCAUGACCCGGUUCCUUUACCAGCAUAAGCAGUCACACCGCACUAACCAGAUGAAGGAGAAGGAAUACCCAGAAAAUUUGGACAGUUCCUUUAGAAAUGACAUUGACUUGCAAAACACAGUGAGCGAGUGUAAACGGGAAUAUUUCAUCUGA